GCCGUCGCGGAAAAUUCGUCCGACAAAGAAUGCUUGAAAAUGACUCCCAAGUCUCCUCAAGAAGAGAAACCGGCUUCCGAUGUGAUCUGUUUGAAGCCGAAAAUGAGUCUGUUGAAUGGAGUGACGGUCAUCGUCGGAAGUAUCAUAGGGUCAGGGAUUUUCGUUAGUCCGAAAGGUGUGUCGAAAGGUACCGGCAGUGUCGGCUUAUCGUUGGUGGUAUGGGUCACGUCAGGAAUUUUUUCUAUGGUCGGUGCCUACUGCUAUGCAGAGCUAGGCUGUAUGAUAACUAAAACAGGGGCUGAUUAUGCGUACAUCAUGGAAUCAUUCGGGCCUUUCGUUGCAUUCAUACGACUCUGGGUCGAAUGCAUGAUCGUCCGUCCAUGCUCUCAAGCAAUAGUGGCUCUGACCUUUUCCUUUUACGUGUUACGUCCCAUCUAUCCGGACUGUGAACCUCCUGAUUCUGCUAUACGUUUCUUGGCUUGUCUCUGUAUAUGUUUGUUGACGUUUGUGAACUGUUGGGAUGUGAAAUGGGCAACCCGGGUUCAAGAUCUAUUUACUUAUGGAAAACUUAUUGCCUUAGUAGUUAUUAUUGGUACAGGAUUUGUUGAACUGGGUAAAGGUAAAGUGGAAUAUUUUAAUUUUGAUAACUCUGAAACGGACAUAACGAAGAUAGCUGUGUCAUUCUAUUCAGGACUUUUUGCGUAUAAUGGUUGGAAUUACUUGAACUUCGUCAUUGAAGAACUGAAAGACCCUCACAAGAACCUGCCACGGGCUAUAUUCAUUUCCUGUAUCUUAGUGACUGUAGUUUACACACUCACAAUAGUAGCAUUCCACACUACGCUAUCGAUUCAAGAGGUGAUGGGAGCCGAAGCUGUAGCUGUGAUAUUUGCUGAUCGAUUGUACGGCAACUUUGCAUGGGUUGUACCAGUUUUCGUAGCCCUUUCAACAUUUGGCGGUGUAAACGGAAUCCUCUUCACAUCUUCCAGGUUGUUUUACGCAGGAGCUGAGCAAGGUCAAAUGCCAGAAAUUCUUAACAUGAUCCAAAUAAACCAUUUAACACCAACGCCAGCUGUAAUGUUUGUGGCUUUAUUAUCACUGGUUUACCUCUGCUCAAGUGACAUCUAUGCCCUAAUCAAUUAUGUUGGUUUUGCAACAUGGUUAGCUAUUGGACUUGCUGUGGUUUGUUUACCUUAUCUGCGCUGGAAGCAACCUGACCUGCCUAGGCCCAUUAAGGUAAAUUUGUUCUUCCCAAUAAUAUACAUUUUGGCAUCGGCGUUUAUCACGAUUGUCCCGAUGAUUGCUGAACCGAUUGAGACAG